GGAUCCCGGAGAAGCGGAGGAUCCAGGCAGCAGCCCUGAUAUCCCUCUUGCUCUUCUCAGAAAAGAAGAAAACGUAGCAGCACACGCUUUCACAGCCCUUUAGGAUUUAGACUGCUCUCUCUACAGGCACAAGAAGAGAUCCACUCAGCCUGUAAAGCCGCAGGGAAAGUUUUAGACUCUCUCUCUCUACUCUAGUUUGUUAUUUUAUUUUAGCUAUAGUAGGAAAACAGUUCCUGCGCUAACGAUGAGCUACCAAACCACCAGUUAUUUCUUUCUGGCUGUUGCCUUCCUCCACUUGAUCAGGCUGGCGCUUUCCGCCUGCCCGGCCGCCUGCCAGUGCCCUCUGGAGGUGCCCAAAUGUGCCCCGGGAGUCGGUCUGGUUCUGGACGGCUGCGGUUGCUGUAAAGUCUGCGCUAAACAACUCAACGAGGACUGCAGUAAGACCCAGCCUUGUGAUCACACCAAGGGGCUGGAAUGCAAUUUCGGCGCCAGUACCACGGCCCAGAAGGGGAUCUGCAGAGCGCAAUCUGAGGGGAGACCCUGUGAAUAUAACUCAAAAAUCUACCAGAAUGGUGAAAGUUUCCAGCCCAAUUGUAAACACCAGUGCACAUGCAUAGAUGGAGCUGUGGGCUGCAUCCCACUCUGCCCGCAAGAACUCUCUCUUCCUAACCUGGGCUGUGCCAACCCAAGGCUGGUUAAAGUCCCUGGCCAGUGCUGUGAAGAAUGGGUCUGUGAUGAGACCAAAGAUGCUCCUGAGGAGUUGGAAGGUUUCUUCAACGAAGAAUUUGGUCUGGAUGCUUCUGAAGGUGAAUUAACCAGGAACAACGAACUGAUUGCCAUUGUGAAAGGAGGACUGAAAAUGCUACCUGUCUUUGGAUCCGAGCCAUACAGCCGAUCUUUUGAGAGUCUCAAAUGCAUUGUGCAGACAACUUCGUGGUCCCAGUGUUCAAAGACUUGUGGAACUGGCAUCUCUACCAGAGUCACCAACGAUAAUCCCGACUGUAGACUAAUCAAAGAGACCAGGAUAUGUGAAGUGCGGCCAUGUGACCAGACCAGUUAUGAUUCCCUAAAGAAGGGAAAGAAAUGCACCAAGACCAAGAAGUCACAAGCCCCAAUGAAGUUUACUUAUGCUGGCUGUUCCAGUGUGAAGAAAUAUCGCCCCAAAUACUGUGGCUCCUGUGUGGAUGGAAGAUGCUGUACCCCCCACCAGACCAGGACCGUCAAGAUCAGGUUCCGCUGUGAUGAUGGAGAAACUUUCACUAAGAACGUAAUGAUGAUCCAGUCUUGCAAAUGCAACUACAACUGUCCACAUGCAAAUGAAGCUUACCCCUAUUACAGACUGUUCAAUGACAUUCACAAAUUUAGGGACUAAAUUGUGGUGGGGGUGGGGAGUUAUCAGAAUUUUGAAGUAACAAGCAACGGAGAAAAGAACUCUGUGGAAAUGGUGCCUUGCCCAUUUGAGGGCAACAUUGAGAUAUUACAAGAGCACCCUGUGCAACUGGACACUAAUGCAACAGAGAUUUAAGCAUACUUAAAGCUUCAUAGUACUGGAGCAACUUUAUUGCUUCUUUUUGGAGCACCUUACCUUAAUCAUGUGCUGUUUUCUGUUUGUAACUUAUCAGAUAAAUGUUUGUUCUGGUUGUGAAAACUUUAAACUUUUCUAAACCCUUCAGUUUUAACACUAUGCCUUUUUUAUUUUUUU